AUGAAACAAGCAUCAAGCCGCCUUUUUUGUUCUGUGGUGCUGCUAGUGGUGUUUAGUUGUAACCAUGAAGGUUCUGCAGAAGAAAACUCUCCACAGCCUCAAGGAUCUUGUACAAAUUGGAUGGCUGGAUCACCAGGUCACCCAGGUCAUAAUGGAGUACCGGGGAGAGAUGGACGGGAUGGAAGAGAAGGAGAAAGGGGAGAGAAAGGAGACCUAGGUGGACCGGGUGAAAAGGGAGAUAACGGAUUUCCUGGUAUUCCAGGUCCUCCAGGACCACCAGGUCAUUCAGGCGUGCCAGGACCGAAGGGGGGAAGUGCCACUGUCUAUCGAUCUGCCUUUAGUGUUGGUUUAACAUCCAGAGUUUCUUAUAUUAAUAUGCCUAUCAAAUUUACAAAGGUCUUCUACAAUGAACAAAAUCACUACAAUACCGUCACAGGAAAGUUCCAAUGCACCAUUUCUGGAGUAUAUUAUUUUGCAUAUCAUCUCAGUGUAUAUGCCUCAGAUGUGAAAGUUAGUUUAUUCAAGAAGGACACAGCAAUCAUAAUCACCUAUGACCAGUACCAGGAAAACAAUGUGGAUCAGGCUUCUGGAUCUGUUUUACUCCAUUUGGAAUCGGGGAAUGAAGUCUGGCUACAGUUAUAUGGAGAAGAAAAAAGUAGUGUCUAUGCUGAUAAUGUUAAUGAUUCAACUUUCAUGGGAUUUUUGCUUUACCCUGAUUUGAAUUGAGUUGUAGAAAGGGGAUGAAGUAGGGAAGAUGGAAAACAGCCAAGCAUGAUAUGGACUCCAUUUUUCUUGUAGACUUCUGGUAUGUUAGAAACACAAAUAGCCUUGGGUGGUUCAAAUUUGAAUGCUUAUUGCUUGCAUAUUAUGAUUUCUGUGUGUAAGUCAUCAAAUAUUUGUAUUCCUUCACACCACUUCAAUGGUUUUCAGUUCAUACAUUCAGUUGUCGGUUAUGCAAUAAUCAGAUACAAUGAAAUCAAGU